AUGAUUUCCAAACUCCAUUGCUUCCUUACGCGGAAAUGCGUACCGCUGACAGGCAACCUGAGUCAAGUCGGGGCGCUUGUCCUCGGAGCAAUGUCUAUUAUGAAAGUUGGGCUGACCAUGAAGCGCAAGCCCAACACGAAGCCCCCUGAUCCUGACCUCAAGGAUCAGAAAACCUGCAAUUGUCAUGGAGAGAAGUAA